AACACGCCCACCUCGCAGCGCUGCACCACGCCCACGCAGCCCCUGCACUCCCCCGGCCACUACGCUGGCUCCUCGGGCGUGCCAAGCCCCAUGGCCACCAGGGCGCCCAUGUCCCCGGGCAUGGGCGCGCGACCCCAUGGGCACCCCCAUGAGCCCCGGCAUGGGGAGCAGGCCGCCCAUGUCGCCCGGCCUGGGCCCCGGAGCUGCCAGGCCGCCCAUGUCCCCCGGGGUGGCGCGGCCCCCCAUGUCCCCCGGGGUGGGGCCCGGCGCGGGGCGGCCGCCCAUGUCCCCGCAGCAGUGGCAGCAGCAGGCGCGCUCCCUGGGGCAGCAGCAGGGCUACGUGCAGGGCGGCAGCUACAUGGGGGGCGGCCUGGGAGGCCAGCGGGCGGGGCUGCCCCUCAGCCAGCACUCCCCCCUGCCCUCCUCCCAGGGGCCUGAGGCGCCCCUCGGUGACAGUAUUGGUAGCAUUAGUGACGGUAAUGUGACUCCUACCACGCCCACUGUAUCCAGCGCCGCCGCCGCCACGGAGGCCGCCGCCGCGGGCGUGGCGGCCGUGGCGGCGGCGGCGGCGGCCACGGGCGUGGAGGGCGUGCAGGUGCAGGCCUCCACGGGUCCUACCACCACGCCCACAGCCUCGCCCGUGCCCCGCGGCCCCCACCUGCCAGCGCCCACCACCGUGCCUACCACCUCCAGCCUGGCCCUGGCCCAGAACGGCAUGAUGCCCGGCCACGCGCCCAACGGCAUGCCCCCCGGCCCCCUCACGCCCAACGGCAUGCCCCAGGCCUCGGGGGCGCCCUCCCCCAUGGGGCCGCUCGGCGCCACGCACCCCCAGGGUCCCCAGGGUGGCCAGGGGCCGCAGGGACCCCAGGGCAUGAUGAGGUACGCGGGGCCCCACGGCCCGUGCGGCCCCUACCCGCAGCAGACCAUGGGCCAGCCCACCUACCGCAUGAUGGCGCCCUCACACUACUCCCCAUGGCCCCCACACCCCCCAGCACGGCGCGCCGGGCCAGAUGGGCGCCAUGCACGCUGCCACCUCCAGUCCCAUGCAGCAGCAGCAACAGCAGCAACAACAACAGCAGCAGCAGCAGCAGCAGCAGCAACAGGGCGCGGUGGGCCCCCAGCUGGGGGUGCGUCCCCCGGCGUGGUGGGGCAGCUGCCGGGCGGCGGGACAGGACAGAUGCAGGGCGGCGCGCCCCCACAGAUGCAGGGCGGCGUGGCGGGCCAGAUGAAGCCCUCGGGGCCGGGCCAGCUGCAGCACGCCGCGGGACAGCUGGGCCUCAGCGGCGCGGGACAGAUGGCGCAGGCCGCGCCGGGCCAGAUGGCCCACACGGCGCCGGGCCAGAUGGCGCACGGCGGCCCAGGCCCCGGCCCACCCCCGGGCCAGCUGCCCCUCCCCGGCCAGGGCCAGCUGCCCCACGGCGCGGCGGCCACCCUGCAGCACGGCGCGCCCCAGAUGGCCUUCAGUGGCGCGCCCCCCGGCCAGCUGGCUCCGGGCACACCUGGCCAGCUGGCCCACGGGGCGCAGGUGCAGCACCCGCCCGGCCACCUUCCGCCCCGCCCACACCUCGCCCCGGGCCAGCACCCCGCGGGGCCCCAGGGCCAGCUGGCAGCCAUGGGCCCCCGUCCCGGCAUGCUGCCCCAGGGCGCCAUGGGUCCCGGCAUGGGCGGCGCGGGGCCCAUGGCCAUGCCCGGGGCACCCAUGGGGGGACCCCCGGGCAUGGCGCCCCACGCCCUGCAGCAACAGAUGAACCUCACCUUCGAGAUCCAGCAGUGCCAACAACAGCUGCAGCAGAUGUACAAGAUGCCACACGCCGUGCAGACGCAGCAGAAGAUACAAGAACUACAACAGCGACUAACCCAGCUACAACAACAACACCAGCAGCAGCAGCAGCAGCAGCAGCAGCAACAACAUCAACAACAACAACAACAUCAACAACAGCACCAGCAGCAACAACAACAGCAACAACAACAACAACAACAGCAGCAGCAACAGCAGCAGCAGCAGCAGCAACAACAACAACAACAGCAUCAACAACAACAACAACAACAGCAGCAGCAGCAGCAGCAGCAGCAGCAGCAGCAACUACAACAGCAGCAGCAGCAGCAGCAACAUCAGCAUCAACAACAACAACAACAACCACAACAACAACCACAACCACAACAACAACAACAACAACUGCAGCAUCACCAACAUUUGCAUCAAAACCAGGCUGGAGUUAUCCCCCAGCACCUCCUGACGCCCAACAGUACCCCCGGGUUGGUGAUGGGUGAGGAGGACCCGAGCCUGGGGAAGAAGAAGAGGUCACACAAGGCCAAGCUUCCGAAGGCCCCCAAGUUGCCCAAGGAAGCCAAGCCCAAGAAGGCGAAGAAGACCAAGGAGCCCAAAGAAAAGACAUCAAAACGGGGCAGCUCUGUGCCCAAGAAACCUCGGGGGAAGAAGGGGUCCCCACUAACCUCCCCUGAUGGCACCCUGCUACCCGUGGACACCGGCACUGGGGCACCUCCCGCGGCACUUAUGGACCCCAGCGUGGCCCCUCCUGGCACCCCUUUGGAUCCCACUAAGGUGGACCCAGCAACAGGCCUACCCCUCACUGCAGCCCCUUCCAUCCCCGUGACUGUGGCAAACGCAAAGGUGAAGGCGGAGAAGAGACCUAAAGUGAAAAGCUCAACGUCACGAAGAAAACCGUCGGCCAAACUCCUGCUGAACCUGAAGAGGAAGCGAAAGAGGCAUGGAUCGGAGUCAGACUUCUCAGAGAACGAGGGUCGAGGUAAUGCUGGAAAAGACGAAGAUGACAGCAACAAGAGGAGGUCAGGUCGAAACACGCUUAGAAAAAAAUACGUCGAUGAACUGGACUUGAAUCUUUCCGACGACGAUUCCCUUUUGAUUAAGAACGCCGAUGCGCAGGGCGUGGCUGAGCUGACCACGGCCUACACGGGGCAGCCUGGGGUGGUGGAGGAGGGGGAGGUGAAUCUGGUGAAGCCAAAUUUUGCUUAUGUGGACCCCAAUAACGAGGAUGCCAUGGUGGUGCAGUGCAUUCUGGGUAUGCGAAUGGGUGUCCGAGAGAUAGAGAGUGAGUCGGAGGAGGAGAAGGAAGAAGAGAAGCCAAAGGAAGUGAAGAAGGAGGAAGAGGAGGAGGAGAAGAAGAAGGAAGAACAGCAAGAGGAAGUGAAGAAGGAGGAGAAGGAGGAGGAGGAAGAGGAGGGCAAGGGAGAGAAGAAGGAAGCAGAAGAAGGAGGCAGUGAGAACCAGACAGAGACCACCACCAACACCACAACCACCACCACCACAACCACCACCACCACCACCAGCACCACCAGCGAGACAGACUUAGCAAAGGAUAACACUGAAGGUGGAGGAACUGAAAGCACAACAGCAGCAGUAGAAGAAGGAGGGGUAGGAGAAGGAGGAGAAGGAGGAGGAGGAGAACAAGAAGAAGAAGAAGAAGAAGGCGGAGAAGGAGAAACAAAAGCAGAAUUAAUGGAAACCGACCAAGACGACACAGACAAACAAACGCACGCACCGCAAGAUCCAGCCAGCACCGAAACACAACAACCACAACAACAACAAGACCAAGCAGACACAGAGACAAGCACAACCACAACCGCAGACACAAACGUAAACAGAAACGCAGGCCAGAUCAUUGCGGAGGCGGAGGGGGGGAUAGUGGCCACAAUAGCCGUUCCCCAGCCAAUGGAAACUAUCGUGGAGAAGGAGAGGAAAGUCAAACCAAAGAAAACCCCCAGGAAAAUAGAAGUGGAAGAAUUUUACGUCAAAUACCGCUCUUUUUCGUACCUCCACGCGGAAUGGCGGACAGAGGAGGAGCUGUUUAAAGGAGACAAGAGGAUAGCAGGGAAGAUCAAGAGGUUUAAGCAGAAGAGGGCGAGCACUCAAAACGUCCUUGAAUUUCUCGAAGAAGAAGCUUUCAAUCCAGAUUACACAGAGGUGGAUAGAAUUCUCGAUGUGACUGAAACUGUCGAACCAUCCACUUUAAAGACCAUUAAACACUACCUGGUGAAGUGGAAGGCCCUUGCAUACGAAGACUCCACCUGGGAACUGGAGGACGAUGUGGACCCGCUCAAGAUCCAGGCGUUUCUCUCAUACAAGGACCCUCCACCUAAGAACGAGUGGAAGCCGAAGAAGCGACCCAAGCCUAGCGAGUGGAAGAAGCUGGAGAUGUCACCGGAAUACAAGAACAACAAUUCGCUUCGGGAGUAUCAGCUGGAGGGACUUAAUUGGCUGAAUUUCUCGUACUACAAUUCACGCAACUGCAUUCUGGCUGAUGAAAUGGGGCUGGGAAAGACAAUUCAGUCCCUUACGUUUGUGGAUUCCUGUUUUAAAUAUGGCAUUCGAGGGCCUUUCCUUAUCAUCGCUCCACUGUCUACCAUUCCCAACUGGCAGAGGGAGUUUGAAGGCUGGACGGACUUGAAUAUUAUUGUUUACCAUGGAUCCCACGCCAGCCGCAACAUGAUUCUUGAAUAUGAGAUGUACUAUAAGGACGACAAGGGACAGCGCAUCCCGAACCUUUACAAGUUCAACGUUUUAAUCACCACCUUUGAAGUGAUUAUCUCGGACUGCCUGGAGCUUAAGGAGAUACACUGGCGUUGUUGCAUCAUUGACGAGGCUCACAGGUUGAAAAACAGGAACUGCAAACUACUGGAGGGGCUACGUUUAAUGUUUAUGGAGCAUCGUGUCCUCCUGUCGGGGACGCCACUGCAGAACAAUGUGACAGAACUCUUCUCUCUUCUCAACUUCCUGGAGCCCACACAGUUCUCCUGCCAAGACACAUUUCUGCAGGAAUUUGGGAAGCUGGAAACAGAGGACCAGGUGACGAAGCUGCAGGCACUUCUGAAGCCAAUGAUGCUUAGGCGGAUGAAGGAAGAUGUGGAGAAGAGUUUAGCUCCCAAGGAAGAGACCAUCAUUGAGGUGGAACUGACCAACAUACAGAAGAAAUAUUACCGAGCCAUUUUGGAGCGAAACUUUGACUUCCUAGUAAAAGGAGCCACGUACGCCAACAUUCCGAGCCUGAUGAACACGAUGAUGGAAUUAAGGAAGUGCUGUUUACAUCCAUAUCUCCUAAACGGCGCAGAGGACGCUAUCCAACAAGAUUACCGUGACUCGAACCCUGCCAACGCUACAGACCCGGACACUUAUUACAACGCCCUCAUCAACUCGUCCGGCAAGAUGGUGCUGGUUGACAAGCUUCUGCCUAAACUGAAGGACAAUGGCCACCGUGUCCUUAUUUUCUCUCAAAUGGUGAAACUUUUGGAUAUUCUUGAGGAUUAUCUCAUCUUCAGGAAGUACCCCUACGAGAGACUGGACGGCAGGAUACGUGGGAACAUGAGACAGGCAGCCAUCGACCGUUUCUGCAAGCCAGACUCUGACCGGUUCGUGUUCCUGCUGUGCACGAAGGCAGGGGGCCUGGGUAUCAACCUCACAGCGGCCGACACUGUGAUCAUCUACGACAGCGACUGGAACCCCCAGAACGACCUACAGGCUCAGGCUCGCUGCCACCGAAUCGGCCAAUCAAAGAGUGUGAAAAUAUACCGCCUUGUCUGCAGAAACACUUACGAGAGAGAGAUGUUUGACAAAGCCUCACGUAAACUGGGGCUGGACAAGGCCGUGCUGCAGUCCAUGAACACCGACCAGGGCAAGCAUGCGGCUGGUGGCAACUCCCUGGGGCUGUCCAAGGCUGACAUAGAGGAGCUGUUGAAAAAAGGAGCGUACGGGGCCCUGAUGGAGGAGGAUGGAAACGGAUUUGACGACUUCUGCGAGGAGGACAUCAACCAGAUUCUGUCUCGCCGCACCACAGUUAUUCAGCAUGAGAGCGAGAAGGGUUCCUCGUUCUCCAAGGCUUCGUUCUCUGCUUCAAACAACAGAUCGGACAUUGAGAUUGACGACCCAGAUUUUUGGAAGAAGUGGGCGAAGAAGGCGGAGAUUGACACGGAGGUUGCUGAGAAGAUGAGGAAGAAAACCCUGAUAGUGGAGGAACCAAGGCGUCGCUCCCAGAUACGGCGAUACGGACACGACGACACGGUGCUGGACUGCAGUGACCUUGAGACCUCAGCCAGCGACACAGAUAAGGAGAGGGAAGGGGAACCUGAGACGAUGCACGAACCAGGAGGCCGUAACAAGGCUAACCGCGGGAGAGGAAGGAACCGCGGAGGACGAGGGCGUGGCAGGGGGAACCGCAACACAAGGGCAUCGCGCACCACCCCAGAGGAGGAGACGGUGAAGAAGGACAUCGUAAAAUACGGGCAAUGGAUGCGUUGUGAGUGUUUCAAGGUGGAGAAGGGCCUGCUGGUGUACGGAUGGGGCCGGUGGAAGGAGAUCCUCGCGCACGGGGACUUCCGGCCAGCGUGGAAGGAGGCGGACAUACAAGACUGCGCGCGGAUGAUCCUCCUCUUCUGCAUUCGUUACUAUCGCGGAGACGACAAGAUCAAGGGCUUUAUCUUUGACCUCAUCGCUCCCACAUCUGACGGGAAGACUCGCAUCCACCCCAACCACAUCGGCCUAUCCGCCCCAGUGCCCCGCGGCCGGAAGGGGAAGAAGAAGAUCCGUGAGGCGAAGCUGGUGGCCACGCACAUGGAAGGCGCAGACUGGGCUAAGGAAGAGAAGUUUGACACAGAUAUCUAUUUAGACCAAGGGUACUCCAGGCACCUCACACGUCACUCAAACAAGGUGCUUCUCAGAGUACGCCUCCUCUUCUACAUCAAGCAGGAGAUCAUUGGAGAGAAUUGCAGGCUGAUCGACGAAGGGGCUCGGUACACGGACGUGAGCAUCGCCCCGCCCCCCACAGAGCUUCCCCCUAAACCCUGGUGGGACGCUGAGGCCGAUCGCUGCCUUCUGAUUGGUGUUUACAAGCAUGGUUACGAGCGUUACAAUGUGAUGCGAAAUGACCCUGCGUUGUGUUUCCUGGAGCGCUGUGGACCUCCGGAUAAAGCUGCAUUGGUGGCCGAGAUGAAUACUACUGUGAACGAGGAGGAGCUGGAGAAGGACGACAAAGAUGAUGAGAAGGAUGACGAGGACUCAAACCAGACGCCACUUCCCUCUAGCCCGGCCGUCUCCACCUCCACCUCGAAAUCCGACGACGACAAGAUGGACGAGAAGGAGGAGAAGUCCACCGGGAAUGGGAAUGGAAAUGGAUCCGGCUUGGGGACGGACAAACGGCAGCAUUUUCCGACAACUUCGGAUAUUAACGGAAGGUUGAGGCGGCUCGUGACGUCCUACCAGCGGAACAAUCGGAAGAACGACAUGAGGAAUGAAGCAAAAGUCCGGGGCUACGACCACUACCUGGCAGAUAAGCUGAUGCGCCGGGAACGCAUGGCGGAGUACAUAAGAGAACGAGAACUGCGGAAAACGGAUUACAACCAGAGAAGGUGGAGUAACAGGGAGCAGGCGGAGUUUUACAGAACCAUCUCUACCUUUGGAGUGGAAUACAUCAGGAAAGAGAAGAGGUACGACUGGUCCAAGUUCCGAACCCUUUCAAGAUUGGACAAGAAAUACGACGAAACGUUGACUGAGUAUUUCCGAGCCUUUAUGGCCAUGUGCAAGAGGCAGUGUGGGAUCCGACUCUCCGACGAUGAGAACGAGAAAAUGAUAGAGAUUGGUGUGGACCGGCUGCCUGAGGAGAGAGCCAGGCGGGUGCUGGAGCGAGUGGACCUCCUGAACCGCCUGCGCAACGACAUCAUCCCUCAUCCUGGUCUGAAGGACGCCCUUAAGCUGGCCCUGCCCUCCAAAGACAUGCCAGACUGGUGGAUCCCCGGGAAACACGACCAUGACCUGCUGAAGGGCGUUGGGAGGCACGGCUUGGGGAGAACAGAUUACUACAUCCUUUACGACCCAGAGCUCAACUUCCGAGAGAUAAUCCGUCGCCACACAGCUGGAGAACCACUUAUUACGGAGAAGGAGAAAGCAGAGAUCCAGCGGAAGUACUAUCAGAAGAAGGGAGAAGGUGAGGUGGAUGAUGACAACGAGAUAGAGGAAGUGAAGAUAGUGAAGAAGGAAGAGGAGGAGGCGGAAGAUGAUGAUGAUGUGAUAGAAUUGAAAGAUGAAGUGGAUGAGAAAAACAUCAAGAAGGAAGUCAAGGAGGAGGAGAAAAUGGAAGUAGAUGGAGAGAAGGAGAAAAAGGAAGAGGCCACAGAUGAAAAUAUAGUAAAGAAGGAAGAGGAGGAAGAAGAAGAGGACGAGGAGGAAAUGAAAGAGGAAAAGAAAAUGGGAAUAGAUGAAAUUGAGAAGAACGAAGAGGAAGAAGAUAGAAAAACAAAUAAACAUGAAAUUAAGGUAGACAAAGAGGAAGAACACAAAGAAAUGAAGGAAGAGAAGGAGGAAGAAGACAAAGAGAAGAUAAAAAUGAAGGAAGAAAUAAAAGAAGAGGUGAAAGAAGAGAUAAAGAAAGAAAACAUUAAAAUAGAAGGAACAGAAGAAGAAGAGGAAGAGGAGGAGGAGGAGGAAGAAAUGGUGAUGCCUGUUACAACUGUAUUAGAAGAGGAGGAGGACGAGGAGGAGGAAGAAGAAGAAGACAAUGAAGAAGAGGAGAUGGAAGCAAAAACAAAGGAGGAGAAGAAGGAAGAGAAGGAAGAAGAAUCCAGUAAAGGAAAUGUAGAAGAUGGAAGUAAGGAAGAGAAGAAGGAGGAGGAAGAGGAGGAGGAGGAGGAGGAAGAAGAAGGAAAGGAGAAGGAAGAAACUGAAGGAGAGGCAAAGGAGGAAAACAAAUUAAAAGAGAAGGAGGAAGAGAAUGAGAACAAGGAACUGGGAACAAAAAAAGACGACGAGGACGAUGACGAUGACGAUGACGAGGAGGAAGAGGAGGAGGAGGAGGACAAGAUGGAAACUGACACGGAGAAGAAGGAGGGGGCGGAGGAGGAGGAGGAGGAGAAGGACACGGCCAAGGAGGAGGAGGAGAAGGAGAAGCAGCCCCUGGAGAAGAUGAAGGCGGCCAUGAAGGAGAAGAGGGAAGGAAGGAAGGAGGAGGGGAAGAAGGCAGAGGGAAAGAAAGGGUCGGCCCUGCUCAGCCUGCAGCAGAUGGACGAGGCCAUGGCCAAGUGCGGCACCAACCUCACCUACGACACCCUGGUGUCCUCGGAGCCCACGGUGGCCCAGCUGCUGGCCCAGAGCGCCGCCAACCCCAUCCGCUGGCCCAAGGACCGCCUGCUGCAGGCGCGCAUCGAGCACCUCAUGUACGCCGUGGAGCACCACAAGUGGCCCGUCGGCAUCGACUUCCAGACCUCAGAGCAAGAGGGCAAGGCGGCCGGCAGCGGCAGCGGCGGAGCGGGCCACCGUGGCGACGGCCCCGAGGCGCUGGACGUGGAGCGCCGCAAGCAGCAGCGGCAGAUGGAGGUGGCUGAGGCGGAACGGCAGCGGCUGCAGGCGCUGCUGCACCCAAACCUGCACCACACGCUGGGCCUCACCAAGAACUCUGCCUCCGCCGCCGCCAGCCUGGGCCUGCCCGCCUCCUUCACCUCCGCCAGCCUGCGCUCCCUCAUGGAGGCAGAGAGCGAGCGCUCCAAGACCAAGCAGCAGCAGCAGCAGCAGCAGCAGCAGAGGGAGCAGCAGCGGGAGCAGCAGCAGCAGCAGCAGACGGACUCCCUGCGGCAGCUGCAGGCGCUGCAGGGCUCCCUGGACCUGACCAUCAAGCCCGUCAACCCCGGCCAGAACGCCAUGGACAUGGCCACGGCCAGCUUCCUGUCCCGCCGUGGGCCGGGGCGGCCCCGCAUGGAGGAGCGGCAGCGGCCGGGGGAGAAGCGGCGGCUGGGGGAGGGCAUGGACUCCCGCAUCCAGGAGAAGAAGAGGCGCAAGCUGGACGAGAUCGUGAUGGGCCUCACCUCCAAGGGCCGCAGCCCCGAGGCCGUGGCCACCAGCAGCAGCGCCACCACCAGCAGUCCGCUGCUCAUGCUGCGCGGCUCGUCGGUGACGCUGCUCAGCGCGCGGGACAAGAGCCAGGUGACGCCGGCGCUCAGCACCCCCAAACUGUCGUCCAGCAUCAGCAUCACACCCACCGUGUCGCGGCGGCCCCUGGACACGCGCAGCGACGACAGCCCCGCCACCUCCCGCUCUGGCGCCAGCACCGCCGGGGACAAGGACGCCAAGCCGGGCCUGGUGAAGCAGUCCGACCUGCCGCCCGGCGUGACGCUGCCGCCGGGCAUCGAGCUGUACCGCCCCACGGACGCCAAGGUGGACAAGUGGCUGGAGCAGCACCAGGGACUCAUGGCGGACUCCUCGCGCUCCAAGGACGCCAAGCGACGCAAGCUGGACAUCACUGCCAUGGACUGGAGCCAGUUCUCCGGCGAGGAGCACGUCAGCGUGGUGCACACCGCCACCGGCCAGCGGAUCACGGGUCAGGAGGCGCCGCGGCUGAAGCACCUUGCCAAGUGGUUGAUGGAGCACCCGAGCUACGACGUGGACCCGCAGUGGGCCGAGGUGACCAACGACCGCACCGGGGGCUUCCUGGCAGACCUGCAGAAGAAGAUGGCCGGCGUGGAGCGGGACAAGAAGCACGGAUCCGGCCGCGCCUCCAUCAUUCCGUCGUCGUCCAGCUACCAGCACGCCGCCUCGUCCGCCAGCGGCAGCACGUCCUCCGCCGGCACCACCACAUCUACCUCUGCUAUGGGUGGCAGCUCCUACCUGUCGGGCUACCACUCCAAGGGCCUGCCCUUCGAUGCCAAGAGCCUGCUGCAGGGCCUCGACCCAAAGCUGCUCGGGUUUGACCACAAGCUGCUGGCGGGCUUCGACCCCAAGCUGCUGGGCCUGGACCCCAAGCUGCUGCCGCCGCUGGAUCCCAAGCUGUUCGCCGCCAUGGGACUGGACCCCAAGCUGCUGGGCCUGGACGCCCUCACGGCCACCACCACCACCACCUCCUCCUCCAAGCACCGCGAGGCCAAGCACCACGACAAGGACACCCGCGCCUCCUCCUCCUCCUCCUCCUCUUCCUCCUCCCGGCUUUCUGAGGGGAAGUCUUCCCUGCACUCCAUUGACCCAAAACUGUUAGGCUUUGACCCCAAGCUCCUCGCCGGCCUGGACCCCAAAGCCCUGGCCUCACUGGACCCCAAGUUCCUGGCCAGCCUGACCGGAAUUGACCACAAGGCCCUGGCCGGUCUGGACUCCAAGUUGCUGGGUGGCCUGGACCCCAAGAUGCUGGGUGGCCUGGACCCCAAGAUGCUGGCCGGCCUGGACCCCAAGAUGCUGGCCGGGCUGGACCCCAAGAUGCUGGCCGGGCUGGACCCUAAAAUGCUGGCUGGCCUGGACGCCAAGAUGCUGACUGGACUGGACGCCAAGAUGCUGGCCGGCCUGGACCCCAAGAUGCUGGCCGGCCUAGACCCAAAGAUGUUAGCCGGCCUGGACCCAAAGUUCCUGGCUGGCCUGGACCCCAAGCUGCUGGGGGGCCUGGACCCCAAACUCCUUGGUGGACUGGACCCCAAACUCCUAGGUGGCCUGGACCCCAAGCUGUUAGGUGGCCUGGACCCCAAGCUGCUGGGCGGCCUGGACCCCAAGCUGUUAGGAGGCCUGGACCCUAAGUUACUGGGGGGACUGGACCCCAAGCUGCUGGGGGGCCUGGACCCCAAGCUGUUAGGGGGGCUGGAUCCCAAGUUGUUAGGUGGGUUGGACCCCAAGUUGUUAGGGGGCCUGGACCCCAAGCUGCUGGGGGGGCUGGACCCCAAGCUGUUAGGGGGGCUGGAUCCUAAGUUAUUAGGGGGGCUGGACCCCAAGCUGCUGGGGGGCCUGGACCCAAAGUUACUGGGGGGCCUGGACCCUAAGCUGCUGGGGGGCCUGGACCCCAAGCAGUUAGGUGGACUGGACCCAAAGUUGCUCGGUGGACUUGAUCCAAAACUGUUAGGCGGCCUGGACCCCAAGCUGCUGGCCAGCCUGGACCCCAAGAUGUUUGGGGGCCUGGACCCCAAGCUGCUGGGGGCCCUGGACCCCAAGCUGCUGGGGGGCCUGGACCCUAAGCUGCUGGCCAGUCUGGACCCCAAGAUGCUGGGUGGCCUGGACCCCAAACUGCUGAGCAGCCUGGACCCCAAGAUGCUGGGGGGCCUGGACCCCAAGCUGCUGGCCAGCCUGGACCCUAAGAUGCUGGCUGGCCUGGACCCCAAGCUGCUGGGCGGCCUGGACCCCAAGCUGCUGGGGGGCCUGGACCCCAAGAUGUUUGGGGGGCUGGACCCCAAGCUGCUGGCCUCCAUGGGCGCAGACCCCAGCAUGAUGAUGAUGGCCGGCUUUGGAGGGCUGCCGGGCAUGGCGGGCCUGGGCAUGGCCAACCCCCUGUUGGGCGGCCUGGCGGGCUUUGGACUGCCGGGGCUGACCAGCAUGGGGGACUACCCCUCCACGUCCAAGAGCAAGGAGCACCGCAGCGUGGCGGCCAGCCAGGCGCAGACCUUCACCUUCCCCGGCGUGUUCCCCGGGGCCAGCGCCGCAGGCCUCAUGUACCCCCCUCUGGGCCUGGGGGGCCUGGGCUCCUUCCAGCUGCCCUCCAUGUCCUCGGCGGCCUCCAGCAGCCUGCUUAACGGCCUGCCGGUGAGCACCGUGUCUGCGUCGGCGCACCAGCCCUCCACCACCACCAGCAGCAGCAGUAAGUGGCGGGAGGAGCACCGCCGCUCCACUCGCUCCAGCGACCACCGCGACCGCUCCGCCGACCACCGCGACCGUGAACGUGAACGUGAACGCGAACGCGAACGCGAACGCGAACGCGACCGCGAGCGCGAGCGCGAGCGUGAGGACCAGGAGGACCGGGAGGAGCAGCGGGAGCGGGAGCGCUCCUCCUCCCGCAAGGAACGCCUGAAGGAGGCGCAGCUGCUGCAGCAGUCCACGGCGGGCCUGUCCCGGGAGGAGCGCCACCUCCUCAAGCAGAUGAAGGCCGAGAGGCUGGCCAGGGAGGUGGAGGCCCUGGGCAGCCAGGACGCCUUCUCCGCCCACCUCGACCUGUCCAUGCCUCGGGGCCAGGGCCAGGCCCAGGGCCAGGCUCAGGACGCAAGCCGGGGGGAGGACCGGGUGCAGGACGCCCCGGAGAACUUGAGCAGGGAGUCUGAGCGGCCGUCAGGCGGCGGCGGCAGCGGCGGCGGUGGCGGCGGCAGCGGCGGUGGUGGUAGCGGCGGCGGCGGCGGUGGCGGCGGCGUCGGCGAGGGCGUGCAGGACCUGAGCACAAAGGAGGUGGAGAACGGUGAGCGCAGCGGCACCAACUCUGAGGACGAGGGCCACGACGACAAGUCUUAGUGCCACGGCAGCCCCGCCCUGCCCUGCCCCACCCCGCCCCGGCGCCCCCGCCACCCCCGCCAGUCCCGGCCCACACCCAAAGUAUCAACUGCUGUACUUUAAUGUAAAACUGAGACGAUAUUUUAGUUGAAGUGAAUGAAUGACUUCCAUGUAUGCAGCGCCGUGCGUGUGAUCCACCCACACUCCACCACCCAUCCCCUCAUGACCCCUCCACCACCACCACCACCACCACACACCACCACCACCACCACCACCACCACCGCCACCACACCACCACACAUCAGCUCCUCACUUUGACAUAUAACUGUGAUAACGACCUCAUUAUUUAUUCCAUAUUUUGUGCGAAAAAAGAGAAGAUAAUAAUAAUAAUUAAAAAAAACAUAAUUCAGCAAGUGGGAAGGCGUCUUUGCACUUCCCGUACUGCCGCAAGCAAGCAAACAAACAAAACCAACAGAACAGGUCCUUGCCGCGACGAUACAGGCGUCACCGGAGCCCCGCCACCCCGUCAGUAAGGGAUGGGACAUGGACCCAGCAUCCUUCACCCCGGAACCCCCCCCUCUUACCCCGUGUGUCUGUCUCUCUCUGGGCCUCCGUUGAGUAUGAUAUAGAAGUUGCUGCUUCAGUACCCACACACACACUGAACCUCUCUCAAAAAAGUGCUUUAGUUCUCAAGUACAAGACUGUUUAGGGAUUUGCUGUCACUACGAAGCAAUGGACCUAACCUAAUGGAAUCCCCAAUGUCUGUGUAUAUAUUAGUAUUAAGAGACAGAAUACUAUUACGUAAGCAGACCUUUUGUAAAAGCUAAAUGUAAACUGAAGUUCACUAAUAUUAAAAAGGGAACUUGGUGAUA